AUGGCCAUCGUCACCUCCGCCGCAGUCGCCAUCCCCUCAUUCACCGGCCUCAAGGCCUCCGGCGCAACCAUGACCCGCGCUGCCGCCACCGUCAAGACCAUCACCGCACCGGCCCCGAGGCUCGUGGCCAAGGCUGCACUGAAGGACGUGGGAGUGGCCGUCGUCGCCACCGCCGCCAGCGCUUUGCUCGCCAGCAAUGCCAUGGCCAUGGAGGUCUUGCUCGGCAGCAGCGACGGAGGCCUGGUGUUUGUGCCGUCGACCAUCACCGUCCCCGCCGGAGAGAAGAUCACGUUCAAGAACAAUGCUGGCUUCCCUCACAACGUUGUGUUCGACGAGGAUGAAGUUCCGUCCGGCGUCGACGUAUCGAAAAUCUCGAUGUCCGAAGAGGAUCUGUUGAAUGCACCUGGAGAAGUGUACUCUGUGACUUUGACCGAGAAAGGUACCUACAGUUUCUACUGUUCUCCUCACCAGGGUGCUGGUAUGGUGGGAAAGGUGACCGUUAAUUAAGUUAGUUUAUAUGAAUGACGAUGAAUUUGCAAGGAACAUCUCAUAUGUUUUCUCCUUUUGUUUUGUUUUUGGGUGUAUGGUAGCUGUUGUUUGUAAUAGAGUUUACCGAUCUGAAUGAAGGGGUGGGUUGAGAAGAUGUAUAAGGUGAGAAGUGAGCUCAUAUUAAAUGCCUUUGUGCAUUCCAAUUUCUUCGUGUAAUUGUAGUUCUGUGUGAUAAUAAACCAAGCUCAUCUUAUACACCA